UAGUAAGAAAAAAUAAUGUAAGACAAGACUUUCGAAACUAAUAUGGACCGAAACUCAUCUUUGUAUAUGCACUAUGAAAGUGAAACAAGCAUGCGGAUUGCAUUGAAACGUAUAUUUUUGUAUAAAUUUUUGGAUCCCUGUAUCCUUGAUUUUUUAAUAUUUAACAUGACCGAAAAAUAAAAGAUUACUGAGUAUAUGCGGCCACCGUAAAAAAUAAACAUAAAUAAAGGCCAGUAAAAGCUUUUUCUGGAAAAAUUCAUUGUUUUAUAAAUAUGAUCUCGCAUACAACGAGUAGUAUACAUGUACUUAUUUACUUGAACAAACGCCAUCUGCUUCAGUUUGAUAUCUUCGGUUCUAUUCGUUCUACUUCGUUAUGAGAGAAAUUGUAUGUAAUGACUAAUACCUGUGCAAUGCAAUCUCCUUGCGAAUAAAUUUUUUUCCAUUGUACAUUUUUGUUCGCGAUAAAACGUAAAGUUGGAGUAUUUUAUACAUUUGCCCGAUUUUAACGGGUACUUUUUGUAUGUAUUUUAUAAGUAGUACUUAUUGAAUAGCUGUGAUAACGAUAUAAUUAAUCUGCGUCGCUGGUUGCAUUCUUGAUUAUUUGUAAUUUGUUUUAAAUUGUGAUACGGCUACGAUGAAACAAAAAUUAUAUUAGAUCAGUAAGUGUGAGGAAGAGGUGUUAUUAUAGUUUAUGCUAUGAGACAAAAAAGUAUUUAAAACAUUUUGAGCGUUAUUAGCAUCAAUUAAUCAUAGAAUGGUAGCUGCUGGAGCCACAGUUUUAAUGGCAACCAGUGGAGAAAGUUCUUCGAAUGGCUCACAAAAUGAUUCUAUUAAAUAUGAGAAUCGGAACAUUUGUUCUCCUUAUAACGAGGUGCAUCAUAAUCAGCAGAACACAGAAUGUUCAAUUAAAAAGAGUAUAACGCCUAGUGUUAUAAAUAGAAACAAAAAUCGUACUUCCAUAUUGGAAAGAAGUAGUCGGUUAAUUCCAAGAUCAGAGAAUAAAGAAAGUAAAAAUCUUACAUUAUAUAAAGCAGCGCCAAUUCGUGAAACUAAGACUUCUAGAUUAAGGGCUGCAUCAGUUAUAUCCCCUAAUGGUGGAUCAAUGUUAUCGAGAAAAUUAGGUGUUUCGGAAGCUUCUGCUCCUUUAGGCCUCCAACCCAGCGGUAGUUUAUCGAUUAAAGAUGAAAAUUCAGUGUCGGGUAACAAUAGUAUCAUAAAUUCUGUGAGAGAAAGGGAUAAAAGUUAUAAACGGAAAUCAUAUUUAAAUCGAUCACUUAACGUGGAAUCAACAGGAGAUCGUUCGUGUCAGUCCGAACAUAGUGUUAGACAAACCAGAAGACAAUCAAAUAAGCAAAGUUACAUAUCUGAUACGAUAUCUACUUCAAAUUCUAGUAAUCAACGUCAAGCAACAAAUAAUUUAGAUAAAAAAUCCUCAGAGUCAAAGGUGGCUUACAGGAAAGUUGGUACUCAAGUUACAACUUCUUCAAAAGCUUGUAUAUUGCCUUCUGUAAAUACAUCUGUGAAUGCUAAAUUUUCGAAUAUGGAGCGAACUAGUGGCGGUCAUAGUGAUUCAGAAGUUUCACGAAGAGUCGAUGCAUUAACGGCAUUGACGAAAUCGGCUAUAGAACGAGUGGAACGACUUACGUCGCAUACAAAUUUGCCAACAAAUUACGGACCACAGUUGGAAAAUCAUUCGUCUACCGUAUUACCACACGCAAAUCCUUCUAAUAGUACCGAAAGUAACUUGAACAAUGUACGCGCGUUACAAUCAUCUCCAAGAAAGAGUUCCAUUUUAAAGAAAUCAAAUGAUGAACAUUGUCACGACGGAUCUUUAAGCCUGCAACAUACACCGGUCUCAAUUCUAAAACAUAAAAUGUCUGAAAAUGAAAUGAAUCAAAAUUUGUCCAGUUCAACUCAUACCGUCUUACCUGUAACAUUUUCACCGUCUGUAGUUGAACCAACACACAAAAGACAUGGUAUUUUAAAGAAACGUAGUAGCUUAGACGAAAGUGAAAUACUUCGGCGGCGUAGUUGUUCGCCAGACAUUUCGUUUGCCGAUAAUAUUUAUUCUGAAUUCAGGCCAAUAUUAAAAAAUCAAAGGCGAUCGUCUUUGGAAGAAAUUAUUAAAAGGGAUCAGAGCCCAGAUCCGCAGCCGACGUCUAUAUUAAAACGAAAAUCAUCUAGGGAAGACGAUAGGGAAGAUCGUCAAAUCGCUUCUUUGGAACCACAAGGUAUACUUAAAAGAAAAUCUAUAAAUAGCUUGCGAUCAAACAACGUUAAUCAUCACGUGACCAUUACAACGGAUGCAACAAGUGUGAGUGGUCCCGAAAUACUUGAUAGCUCCGAGGUGAGGCCAAUAUUAAAGAAGAAACACAGUAGAGAGGAAUCGUUUGGUAGCGAUCCUCCGUCCAUAGAGCCACGGCCAAUAUUGAAAAAGAAGUCGAGCACCGAAUCCGACGAACAUGACGAUAAACCUAAAAAGACAAUUUUGAAAUCAACUCGGAAAAAUUCACAAGAUGAAUGUAAUGAAACGGAAUUAACCUCGCCGAAAAAGUUAUCGAUGCUUAGAAGUCGCGUUUUACAAACUAGAACAAGCGGGACAGUGGAAAAUGAUUCUGUACGACCUAUAUUGAAACAAACUGGCUGUAAAGAGAGUGAAUCACGAGUCCGUUUGAAUUUAUGCGACGAGACGAUUAUAAAUGAUGAUGCGUCUUCUAAAUCAACAGAUGUAUUUUUACGGAAAAGAGCACAAUCUGUGGGUCAUAUACAACCAUCUAACAUCCACAAUGAAUUUACUGGUGUACUUAACAAACGAAGAUCUCUCGAAUUAAUAUCUGUGAAUGAUACAUCGGAAGAGAAAUCACAGAAAAAGUUCAUGGUAACUAGUAACUCUUCAAAAACGGAUCUUCCUCUAAGUAGCGAGAGUGCCAAUUCUUCUAUUGCUUCCUGCGACACACUGUACGGCACAACAAAUGAGAAAUUAGUAUUAAUGGACAAAGAAAAGCAAACAGUUAAUGACUUUGAACCCGAGGCAGAAAAUAAAGUAAAUCUAUGUGGGUUUUCUAUGGACAACGAUACGAGUAACGGUGUUAUGUUUUCUGAAAAAAUGAUUAAUAACAAACAGUAUUCGGACGAUGAGGCGCUGUUGUUACAAAGAAAAUUAGACGAUACAGAUACCCAGGAAACUAAUGGUGUACAUCGUAGCAAUAGCGUUUCCAAGAUGACGUUACAUUUCAGAAAUUUACAGGAAAAAGUAAACUCUAUAGAAAAGGAUAGUUCAUUCCAAAAUAAACCGAAUAAAGGAUCACAUGGAAUACAAAGGUAUAGAGAACGAAAAUAUCAAGGAAACGAUAGAUUCAAUACACAACCGGUAACUCUUCAAGAAGUACAGGAAGCAGUUUUACAAAACCAGCGCAAUAUCUCUAAUAGAGAUUUAAAAUCGGAUACAACCGACGAUGAACUAGAUCCUUCUAAAUUAAGUUUGGCAGAACGAGUACGUUUAUUUAAUCAGAAAAUUGAUACUGAAAAAAGUUCGGUAUCAAAUAAUGCGUCAAUUGAAAGGCAUUUGCGAAGACGGCCAGCUACUCGAUAUAAAACGCAACCGGUUACAUCCGAGGAAGUUGAAGUAGCAUCGCGAAUAUCCCCAUUAAGUACUGGUAAUCAGCCUCCAUUAGACAUGAUGUGUAAUUUACCAAAAAGUAUUUUAAAAACUAUACAGUUACAUACGCAUAGUGUACCUCGAACAAAAAGUCCUGAACUCGAAGGUAUGAAGUUAAUAAAAUCCGUACUUAAAAAGGAGUCUGAAGAAUUAGAACAACGAACAUGCGAAAAUUGUGAUGUUUUACCACGUUCUAUAUUAAAAUCCAAUCAAAAAAUGGAAGAGAAUAAGGUAACAGUAUUAUAUCCUGAUAAAACGAAUGAAUUAAUCGAAUCAAUACCGAUACAAGAUCUUAUGCAGCAGGAUGUAGAGGGUGAAAUGAAACAUAAUUAUACUACGCAGUUUGAUUUGAGUUCUACAUAUAAAAAAGAUAAUGAUAAAGUUGAUGACGUUAGCAAAUUUCAAACUGAAACUGUUACAUCUAAAGAACACGAAGAAAUGCUUCGGACAUCGGAAAAGACUUUUGUUCAAAAUCAUGAAACUCUUUCGAAACAAACUAGGUAUGCUUCGUUGUUAAAGAGCGCCAGUCACCAUGCGAUUAGCAGCAAAACCAACGAAAGUGACUCGUGUACUGGAAGAACGCAAAAGCAACAUCCUGUAGCUCUUCCAGGAUUAUAUCGCAGCGCGACACAAGCAAUACCGACGGUAGAUACUAAUGAUGGUCCAAGCAUGAGUAUCGCGGAACGAUUAGCUGCACUACAGCGGAGUGGUACUACAAGUUGGAAAAAACGCAUAGCACCGGAAUCACCUAAUCCAUCUGAUGGAUUAUCAGCUACUGGCUUGCUCGGUAAAGAAGAGUUAAGCAUUAAACAAGGAGUACUAGCCGAUUGUCUUGGAAAGUUAGAAUCUGCUACAGAGGGAUGGAGAAAGAGAAUAGCUGCAUCGGACGUAACAAAAUUUACAGUGGCUGGUAAAAUGAAGGUAGAACAGCCAGAGAAUUUGGAUCCAGGACCAUCUUCGCCGCUUAUCGAAGUUACAGGGAGUAUUGCAGAUAGAAAGAAGAAAACGCCUCGACCCGAACGAUUCAGAGCGAAAAAAGGAUACGCAAAGGAUGUUGCGUCUACGCCGACUAGUCCAAAUAAAGCUUCGUAUAUUAAGUCGCGAGGAAGCUUUUCUGAACCUGCCAGCGAAGACAGUGGCGAAGAAUUGAAAGCGGGAAAGAAUACAUCACCUGUGGUAUCAGUACCUAAGAUAGACGAUGAAACGUUCACUUCGUUUUUCACUGGAAUUUCAUUAGAAAAAUGUGAGACUGAAUCUAUUGAUUUAAACGAGACCGAUUUUGACAUGAUUACCUCGCAGUCUGAAUUAUUAGUUCAGAAACGAAAUCUACAUUUAAAACGACGACGUGUCGUAUCUAGAAAUCCCCUUAAAUCGCUUGCAGCUCGUACCGAUUUAAAAUCAGAAUAUACCGAGAUACGGACUGGUAUUGCAGAGAAGGUAAUGAAACAAUUAAAUGUCGAAAAACUAGCCAAAAAUUCAUCGUUAGCAAUGGAAGCUUUAGCAGGCCUAGCUUCUACCGAAGAUUUUAGUAAUAUAACGCUAAGGAAUGUUAUGGAAACAAAUAUUUCAGCGAACAAGCUGCAACCAUAUAAAGAUAAAAUGUUGAUUUUAAUUAAGGGCAGACGUCACAUACAAGUACGAUUAGUUGAGCCAGUCGCAGAAAGUAUAAAUAGCGGUGAUAAUUUCGUUUUGGUAACAAAAUCGGAGGUUUAUAACUAUGUUGGAAAGUAUUGCAACAUCAUUGAAAAAACUCGUGGUGCAGAAAUAGCGUUGAGUAUUCAACAAAACAAAGACCUUGGUUGUCAAGCAUCUCAAGUGAUUACUAUUAACGAAGAUAAAAUAACUUGUACAAAAAGUCAGUUGCAAAAGUUUUGGAAUUAUCUUGGAAUCGAAAGUGAAGACGUGAAUGUUAUCGAUGGCGGGCAUCCUGACGAGGAUGAACUUUAUGAAACGGUCAUGAUGGAUACGAACAUGGUAUAUGAAAUUAAAGAUGAAGAAUUAGUACCUCUCGAAAAAUUUUGGGGUGCUAUACCAAAAAUUGAAAUGCUUGAUCCAAAUAAGGUUUUGGUAUUUGAUUUUGGCAGUGAAAUGUAUAUAUGGAGUGGAAAAGGAGCUUCUGCUGAUAAAAAAAAACUUGCAACGCAUCUGGCUACAGAAAUGUGGCAAGAAGGAUACGAUUAUUCGGAAUGUGCCGUAUGUCCAAUCACCGCCGCAUCUAUGAUCGGUAGACGUACUGUAUCAAUAACGGAUUUAAAAUCUGCUAAAUUCAGACCAAAAUGGUGUUUACUCGCCAAGUUGACACAGCACGUGGAAACGAUACUUUUUAGAGAAAAAUUUCUCGACUGGCCAAAUGUGUCUAAUAUAAUACGAGUUAAAAGCGCUAAAAGUAAAGAGCAAGUUGAUGGAACCAUAACCAUCGAAGUGUGCAAUAUUGAUAAUCUGCUAGAAGAAAAUAAUACUGCUGUUGAUCUAAUUCUUGAAGGAAGUCAUUUAGGUAGAGGUACUGGUUGGUACGAUGACGAGUUAAUGAAACAAUACGUUGUUACCACGACUGGAGUGAAGGUGUGGCACAUCGAUGAAUUCUCUCAUACUUUGUUAGAUGACUCUUCCAUUGGUCAGUUUUAUUCUGGAGACAGUUAUAUUGUACGAUGGAUGUAUUCCGUUACAAUUACUGGUCGAGAGCUUAGUGGUUUACCGUCAAAGCAUUCUGCGAAGGGUCGUGAUCGUUCGGUGUAUUUUAUUUGGCAAGGGCAGAAUGCGUCUUUGAAUGAACAAGGUGCUGCAGCGUUACUAACCGUUGAAUUAGAUAAUGAUCAAGCGCCUCAACUUCGUGUAGUUCAAGGACAUGAGCCGGCUGCAUUUUUAAACUUAUUUUCUGGAGGAAUGAUCGUACACUGUGGCAAGAAAACGAAUACAAAAUGCGACGAGCGAUGGCGAUUGUACAUAUGCCGAGGUACUUUAGAGUCAGAGGUGUCUUUAAUAGAGAUUCCUUGUAGCACUCGCCAAUUACGAAGCAGAGGUUCUCUCAUAUUGCUGGAUACCGCAAAUAAUAAAAUUUAUAUAUGGCAUGGAUCUAAUACAUUAUCUCACAUUAAAAAGAACAUAUUUAAAGCAGCAACACUAUUGCAAAAAAAUCGACCUCCGGAAAUUGGCUUGUCAUCUGAAAGUAGUAUAGAAAUUCUUGAAAUUAAUGAAGGAAUGGAACCGAAAGAAUUCAUUAGUGCAUUAGGUAGAUUGAACAAAAAAUUGUAUGUAUCGCUGGAAAAGGAACGAUUACAAGAACAUACUCCAAGACUGUUUCAUUUAUCAAGCAUUUCAAAAGAAUUUAAACCUGUAGAAAUAUUGUGUCCUCAUCGUGCUUCUUUACCAAAUCCGUUUCCUUUUCUACAAGAAGAGCUGUAUCAAGCUCACCAGCCAGCUUUAUUUUUGUUGGAUAAUAAAAACGAAUUAUGGAUAUGGCAAGGUUGGUGGCCCGAUAACGGAGGAGAAGAUCAGUCUGGUAGUAAAGCAGUAAGAUGGCAAGCAGAAAGAAGAGCAGCCAUGACAAUGGCGAUGCAAUACUGGCAAAAAAUUCAUCCAGAAACAAAUAAAUAUCCAAUUUAUUUAGUCUGGGCUGGUCUAGAACCAUUACAAUUCAUCAAUUUGUUUCCCACAUGGUCAUAUCGUGAUGACAUAGCGGAACUAAACAUAGAGGAUGGCCGGAAGCCUGGUGAGGUAUUAACUGUAGAAAGUGAGUUAAAUCGAUUAACGCAAAGCACGUAUCCUCCGGCUCAAUUAUUACAACGACCUUUACCAGAAGGAGUCGAUCCUACACGCUUGGAACUGUAUUUAUCCCAACAACAUUUUCAAGAAUUGUUAGGUAUGACUAAAGAAGAAUUUCAAGAACUUCCAGUUUGGAAACAGAUGAAUCUUAAGAAAGAAAUAGGACUUUUUUGAUAAAACGUUCAGACUGCCGAUCCUACAAGAAAUAGCUGCCCCUCGUGAAGCGAUUAUUAAAGUUUUUUUGUUAAUUGUUUUAUGAUGUUUAAAAACUUCAGAUUUAUUAAUUUUUCAAUGUAUCCGCGUUUAAGAUACGCCUAAAGUUGCCUAUCGACAGAAGAAAAAGAAAAUACUAAUAUUAUAAUGCAAUUGAAGAUGUUUACUACUAAUAUUUCAAAUAUAAUAUAUACUACAUGGUGCGCGUGUAUGUAUACAUACUGCGACGCAUACACAGAUAGGUGAUUAUAUAUUUUUAAUACAUAUUAAACGUAAAAAAAUUGGCUUGUGAAUAUUUCCUUUAUAUUUGUAUGAGCUUUGUAUUCAAUGAUAAUACAGUAUGUUUAGAAUGGCUUAUUCUUACAUGUGUAACAUUUGUACAAGAGCAACUGUAUUCUUUACAACAUACUCCAUGUUUUUGAACAGUAUUUAAUGAAAUUUCUCAAUGUU